AUGCGGGCUAUUUAUUUGUACAGCGUGCAGGGGAACCCCUAUUUUUUACGGAAGUUCCGUUCGCGGAUCCCCGGCAGACCAUGGGCGAAAGCUGAUCAAUUUCCUCGGGCCCAUCACCAUGACACGUGCGUUCGGUGUCUCCAUGCAAUGAUGACCCCUUGACGGCGGGGGAGCCAUUACCAGGUUACCCGCUACACCACCGGGACGACUAUAAAAGCCCAACGUCAGCACCAGAUGCGGAGCUACGGAGAUCUUGGGGGGGUUCGGGUCCGUGUGUACAAGUAAUGUAUUUGCAGAAGAGGGCAUUCCUCUUUUGCCUGCAUGUGCCUGCCCCCUUGUUGAUAACCAACGUGCUGUGAGUAAACCUUUCUCUGCAGCCUCUGGCGACAAGCACCCCUCACCGAACAUACAGCGGGAGAUCAGACUUAGGCACGCAUCUACCACUGCUUCGACAUAUUCGGUGUGUUCAUUGAAUUUGGCAUCGACCGCGAGUGCGUGUGUGCCUCUACACUAAUACCGACGCGGGAUCACUUGUAACCGGCCGACUGCCAGUACUGCUGUACGACACACAGGUGGUGGUAUGGUCGAUUUGUAUAAUUUGCUUCAUCGCAAAAGAUGAGGAUUUCCUGCCGUGGAAAUGUGGAAUUACCGUCGUCAACCAAAAGCCAUAUUGGAAACGCCAAAGCUGCCCACUAACAAGUUCGGGGCUCUCAUGGCUGGAUUUGCGGGGUUCAUGUGGAUUGAUUUACAUCGUUGAAUAUGUAGAAGCCUGCUGUGUUCAAAAGAGUUACUUGUACUUGCACGCGUUUGCUGUAUAACAUGGAAAGGGAAAGAGUAUAAUAGCGGCGGGGGUCGUCACCGCAUUAAAGUGCCUCACAUGGAAAUUACGUGACAUGAACGGCAACCAAAAUCCAAGCUCUCUUGGAUACAAAGUGCCAGGUACCCCGUAUAGUGUGGGCGAACCUGGGGGGCAUAUGCCGGAACUACUGACGGACCCCGCUCCCCGUUGGCGGAAGUUCCGGAAUAUGCGUCACCGGCGAGGUGCACGUCAACAUGUUUCCC